AUGAAUUCAAUAGAAAUACGUAUAAUUGUUGCUUUAUUAAUAUUGAUUGGUUCCAAUGAUGUUUACUCAAAUCAAAAUAAUAAUUUACCUAGUUUGAAUAAAUCCCCGAAGAAAAUAGGUAGCAUAAAAACCAUCGAUUACAAUCCGCCAUUCAAUCCAGAUGGUCAGUGGUCGUUAAAAGAUCGUCAUUGUCUAAAUGUCUACACUCCGCCGCCAAAUUCUGUAGUCGUGCCAUUCUAUGCCGUGUGGGUACGAUGGAACAAAACAAAUGAAUGCAGUGAUCUCGUAACACCAUUGACAAACUUCAUUCUCACUUUACACAAUAAUCCGAAAAAUGAGAAUAAUGCUGAAAAUCCGAAAAUUAAAUCGGAAUGGGAACACCCUAUCAUAUAUAAUGUUAAAGAGUUUCAGUAUGAAUGGAAAGUGCCGUUGAUUGAGGAAGGUAUUGUGAAGAAUAUGAGUUUAUUUUAUAUUAGAGUGUCGACUGAUGCUGUUUUGAGUUCGGGGUCUUUUACCGUGUCUGGUGUAGCUGGUCCAUUUACUAUAUGGACCAUGCCAGAUAAAGAAAAUAAGACAUUAUACGCGCCAUCUAUACAGGAAAAACCUAAUAAUUUGACGAAUAAUGACUUAAAUGUUCCAGAAAUAUUUAUUUACGCAUCGAAAUUAUGGGAAAUAGCACCCGCUACUAUUAAAAAUACUUAA